AUGGCCAAUAAUAAACCCAGUAAGAAACAGCAGAAAAAGCCAGGCAAAAUAUUUAAGCCUAGAAAGCCACCCACCUUGAAGCAAAAACUCAAAAAGGAGUCCAAGGUGGUCAAAAUCAAUGACUUAGCUUGGAAACCAGUGGAGAUUCCCGAUAACUUAGGAGACUAUACAGGCUUUUUUGGAUUAGAGGAAAUUGACGGAGUUGAUGUUGAAGUUGUUGAUGGGAAGCCACAGUUUGUCAUAAAGGAUGACAAGGCAGAGGAUAAGAAAGCCGACAAGGUGGAUGAGAUCAAAACUCCAUCACAUGAUGAACAGAGUGAUGAUGAUGAAGUGAUUGACGAGGAAGAUUUUACUGGAUUUGAUAAUGAUAAUCAAGAAGAAGAGCCAGAUGUUUCCAAGACUGACAUCCUUGCAACAGAAGAACCAAGUAAUGCUAAUGACAACGACGAGUUAUCUGAAUUGAAACACAAUGUCUUUGCCAACCUUGAUUUGCCCAUGCCUGAUGAUAAUGAUAUUGAUCUACCACAAUGGUCGGCAAAUGAAAUUGGGGUUUCACUUAGCCCCUAUACAUUGAAUGGUCUUGCAAACUUAAACUUCACCAAACCCACGCCAAUCCAAAAAAGGACCAUUCCCAUUGCGAUUGAGGGCAAAGAUGUAGUUGGUAAAGCAACAACAGGUUCAGGUAAGACUUUGGCUUAUGGGAUCCCAAUCCUUGAGAAGUAUCUACAAUCCUUGGAUUUGGUGAAGCAGAAUGUUAAAGACCAGAAAAUCAACCGUCCCAAUGGUAUCAUCUUUACGCCAACGCGUGAAUUGGCCCAUCAAGUAGUUGAUCAUUUAAACAAAUUAGCGCAAUACUCACCUCUUUCAGUAAGAGGAAUAGUUAGCGUUACGGGUGGACUAGCAAUACAAAAACAACAACGGUUACUCAAAAUGGGUCCUGGAAUCAUCGUGGCGACGCCAGGGAGAUUUUUGGAAUUGUGUGAAAAUGAUUCAGAAUUAAUGAAAAGGAUGAGUUUGACUGAUAUCAUUGUCCUAGAUGAAGCUGAUCGAUUAUUACAAGAUGGCCAUUUCGAAGAAUUUGAAAAAAUUUUGGAGUUGCUUGGUAAAACCAGACCCAAGAAUAAAAACGUUGAUUGGAAAUGGCAGACGUUGGUGUUUAGUGCUACUUUUUCACGAGACUUGUUUGGUAAAUUAGACAAGCAACAGAAACCUAAAGCCAAAAACCAAAAACAACAAAUUGAUGGUAAUAGUUUAGUCCAAAAUGAUGAAAUUAUCGAAUUAUUGAAUGAAAAAUUGCAUUUCAAGGACAAGAAACCGGUUUUGAUUGAUGCCAAUCCCAAAGAAAUUGUUUCUGGACAAAUUACUGAAGCUUUAGUUGAAUGUGGUGCUACUGAACGUGAUUUGUACUUGUAUUACUUUUUGUUGAUGUAUAAAGGGUCAACUUUGGUAUUUGCAAAUUCCAUCGAUUCAGUAAAACGAUUGGUGCCAUUACUUGAAAACUUGAAAAUCCCUGCAUUUGCCAUCCACUCAUCAAUGGAACAAAAGCAAAGAUUGAGAUCAUUAGAAAGAUUCAAAGCAGCACUUGAAAAAAAUGAAACUGCUGUAUUGGUGGCAUCUGAUGUUGCUGCAAGAGGAUUGGAUAUACCCAAAAUUGAUCAUGUUGCUCAUUAUCAUUUGCCCAGAUCGGCCGAUGUAUAUAUUCACCGAUCGGGAAGAACUGCAAGAGCUGGUAGGGAAGGUGUUUCUGUUAUGUUUUGCUCACCGCAGGAAGCUUCAGGACCAUUGAGGAAAUUGCGUAAAAUUGUAGCGUCAAAUGCAAGUAACAAAAAGUUGAGCACUCACAAUGAUGUCAAGUUGCUACCUAUUGAGAUGGAUUUGGUUGGACAGUUGAGACCUAGGGUCGAAUUAGCUGGCAAAUUGGCUGAUGCUAGAAUUUCUUCAACCGCUACUCGAAAGGAAGAUUCAUGGGUCAAGCAAGCUGCCGAAGACUUGGGUGUGGAAGAUUUGCAUGAUUUGGAUGAAUUUGAAGAUGAUAUAAUAAAGAAACAGAGGAAAAGACAAGAGGGUAAGAAAUUGACCAAAAAUGAGCAGAAUAGGUACAAGUUUGAGUUAAGGGAGUUGUUGGCUAAACCUAUUAGGAAGCAAAAUCGAAGAUCAUAUUUAACUAGUGGGUUACACAACUUGGCGCAUCAAAUGGUUACUGGUAAACAUCAUGAAGAUGUGGUUGGUCAUGAGAAAGUUAAUGCCUUGAAUGAUUUGCAAAAAAACGGUAGCAAGAUCAAACCCGUUAGUAAUGAUCAAAAAUUGAACAAGAUUGUCAAAUUAAAAGAGGCCAAACAAACCAAAAAGGAUCAGAAAAAGGAGGCUAAACAAAAAAGACAGCAAUUAAGAGGUGGUAAAUAA